AUAAGCCGUGGGCGAUUGGGCCAUUGGUACAGCUCUAGAGCUCCAGAUCUGGAUCGACUUGUUAUCCCCCCGGGGGUCAAUGCCUUUGCUUGCUGAGCCUAGGGAAUGAUUGAUCUACAAGACGAGAAGCAACCCCAGUUUUGCUCCUAGCUCCUAGCUAGUAGUAGCUGCUUUCUCCUCCUCCUCCAAUCUCCAGAAAUCUUCUUGCUCGCAUACUCGGAAAUGGGCGGAUACGAGUUCCAGAGGGCGGAGCUAGAUGCACUGGAAGGCGUCCUACGCGAUGCAAGCGCGGAGCCAAUGAGUCUGACGUUGCCGCUUCUCAGGCACAUAACCAAUGAUUUCUCCCCUGAAUCUCAAAUUGGUCAAGAUAAUUCUGCACUGGUUUACCUGGGGGUGCUUCCAAGUGGGUGCCGUGUUGCUGUAAAGAAGUUGCAGCUUCAUCAUUGCUUGGAUGAUGAAAAUGAAGAUGCAUUUUUAAUAGAAUAUAACAAAAUGAAGGAUACAUUUCAAAAUGAAGUUUCUGCUGCAAUGAAGCCUUCUCACAAGAACACAGUGCGACUCAUAGGCUACUGCCAUCACACACAAGAGCAAAUUGUCGAAUACGAAGGAAAACAAGUUUUCGCAGGGGUCCUAGAAAGAUUGAUCUGUACGGAGUAUGUGCCUGACGGAACCCUUUGUGGACAUAUCGAAGGUAUGAUUUCUACGGAAAUGGAUGGGUACGAGUUCCAAAGGGCAGAGCUAGAUGCACUGGAACGCGUCGUACGCGAUACAAGUGCGGAGCCAAUGAGUCUGACGUUGCCGCUUCUCAGGCACAUAACAAAUGAUUUCUCCGAUGAAUCUGAAAUUGGUAAAGGUGGAUUCGCAGUGGUUUACCUGGGGGUGCUUCCAAGUGGGUUACGUAUUGCUGUCAAGAAGCUUAGCGAAACUUAUUUGAAUGAUUGUGCAUUUCAAAAUGAAGUUUUUAUCACAAUGAAGGCCACUCACAAGAACACAGUGCGAUUCAUGGGCUACUGUAUUCAAUCACAAGGUGAACUCGUCGAACACAACGGACAACAUGUUUUCGCACAGCUCGCGGAAAGGUUGAUCUGUGUGGAAUAUGCGCCUAAAGGAACCCUUGAUGCACAUAUCGGUAAGUAUGGUGAACUUGACUGGAACCAGCGUUAUCAAAUUAUAAAAGGAAUUUGUCAGGGUUUGCAUCAUCUCCAUGACGAAAUGCACGUUGUUCACAGAGAUAUCAAACCAGCCAAUAUAUUAAUAGGGGAUAAUGCUGUGCCUGGUAUCUCACACCUUUUAUUCGCGGAUGACAGCCUGUUAUUUUUUAAAGCUAACAGCGAUCAGGCUAAUAAGGUAAAGAACAUCCUGGACAACUAUGAGAGAGCCAUUGGACAGCUAAUAAGUCCAUCUAAAUGCUCCCUGCUCCUUGGAAACAAAUGCUCACAAGAAGAUGGACAGGACGUAAUAAAUAUCCUGAAUGUAGUAACGGUGACUUUUGAGGAGAAAUACCUGGGUUUGCCGGUUCCAAAAGGACGUAUGGUAAAAGGGAAAUUCAAGCACACAAAAGAUAAAGCGAGGAAAAGAAUGAAUGAUUGGACAGAAAAAUAUUCUUCCAGUGGAGCUAAAGAGACACUAAUUAAAUCAGUGGCCCAAGCGAUUCCCACUUUUGCAAUGAGUGUCUUCAAGUUCUCAGCAACCCUCUGUGAGGAGCUCAUGCACAUGACCAGAGACUUUUGGUGGGGAGAUGAUGAAGAUCGCCGACGUAUCCAUUGGUUGAGUUGGGAGAAACUUACAAAACGUAAAAGCCAAGGAGGUAUGGGAUUCAAAGAUCUUAAAGUUUUUAACCAGGCUCUUCUCGCUAGGCAAGCCUGGCGACUGAUUGCACAUCCUGACAGCUUGUGCGCGAGAGUACUUAAGGCAAAAUAUUACCAUGGGGCUGAUCUGCUAGACACGGCGUUUAUUCAUAAUGCGUCGCCGGGUUGGCAGGGCAUCAUGCAUGGUUUGGAACUCCUUAAAAAAGGAUGUAUUUGGCGCAUCUGCAACGGAAAUAGUGUUCGCAUUUGGAGAGACAAUUGGAUCCCAAAAGGAAACAUGAAAAUAAACAUGAACCCAACAAGGUCCCGAACUCGGUGGGUAGCAGACCUCAUCGACCAGGAGAGUCACGCUUGGAAGGAGGACUACAUCAUGCGUAUAUUUACAUGCGAAGACGCAAAUGAUAUUUUAAGUAUCCGACUACCAAAUUAUGAUGAUGAGGAUUAUAUUGCGUGGCAGCCCGAAAAAAAUGGAAUUUUCAGUGUUCGUAGCGCAUAUCGGUUAGCCAUGGACGAAAAGGGUUCUGGGGUGAUUGGGUCCAGCCACAAUACCCAAGGAGACCGCAGUAUUUGGAAUAAUAUCUGGAAGACAAAUGUACCCCAAAAAGUACGUAUUUUUACAUGGAGACUAGCAUCGGAGUCACUGGCGAUUCAAACUAAUAGAUUUCGUCGCAUCCCAGGCCUCACCCCGAUUUGUAAUGUAUGUGGGGCCGAGGAUGAAACAGGCUUCCAUAUGGCACAUCGAUGCACAUUUGCAAGGGCCUUGUGGCACGAACUCAAGGAGGCAUGGAACCUGCCUCCUGAGCAGGAAGUAGAAUAUACUGGAAGGGAUUGGGUCCUAAUCUUGCUAGAUAAGGUGAGUGAAGAUAUGAAACAAAAAUUUAUGCUAUUUUGGUGGCGUGUUUGGCACCAUAGAAAUGACGCGAUCUUCGCAAAAGGUAAAGCGAAAAUUUCCCACUCUGCUCGUUUUCUGCAAAACUACCUUGCAAACAUCCGCUUGAUUGCGGAGGGAACUUCUGAGAUAGAUCGAAAAGGGAAAAGUCCGAUGGUUAACUUGCCAUCAGUGCAACAACAUGAUCAUACAAAGGAAAAAGGAUGGACAAUGCCAGAGCUCGGAUGGGCUAAGGUCAAUGUUGAUGGAAGUUUUUUGGAGGAAAAUAGGAGUGGAGCCUGGGGAGCUGUGAUUCGAGAUCAUGAUGGAAGAAUUAUCUUAUCAGCUUGGGAUUAUAUACCGCGGUGCAAUGGAGCGGACUGCGCGGAAGCCAUGGCUUGCCUAGAAGGACUAAGGAUGGCAAUGUCGGGGACGAAUCUACCCUUAAUCAUCGAGACGGAUUGCAGCUCGGUGACAAAGGCGCUUAUCCUCUCGUCUAUUGAUAGAUCGGAGGUUGCAACAAUUGUAAAGGAGUUUCAAGCCAUGAAAGGGAACAGAGAAGUAAAAGUUUGCAAAGUAGAUAGAAGGGACAAUAGGUUAGCUCAUAGUCUUGCCCAGUUGGGGCGUAGAGAGUUGCUUGGUGGGGUUAGGCAAGGCUCUGUGCCAACCUGCGUGUUGAGUGAGGCCUUGCACGAUUGUACGAACUAUGUUUCUCUACUUAAUAUAUUUCAAGAAGAAGAAACUGAAUGUAUUGUCGAAGAAGUCUACGGAACAAUGGGAUAUAUGGCACCGGAGCUACGUGUUAAGGGUAUGGUGUCAUUUAAGGCUGACAUAUACAGUUUCGGCCUUGUGAUCGUGGAGUUAUUGACCGGGAUGAAAGGAUAUAUUAAUGAGGAUACACUUAAGGAUUUGAGAAAAAGAUUGGUAAAAGAAGGAGCGUUUUCAUCAUGGGAAAACAAAUACCACCAAGUUAGAACAUGUCUGGAGAUUGGGCAGGACUGCAUACAAUACGACCCAGAUAAAAGGCCCACUUUGUUGGAGAUUAUCCAGCGGCUUAAUGAAGCGGAAGAUAUGAACUAUUCUGCAGAACUUUGGCAGUCAGGAGAUGAGGAAUCCGACUUAUCGGAUACAGAAGCUUUGGAGACAGAGACAACAGCCGAGUUCCUUCCAAGUGACGAGGAACCCGCCUCUGCAGACACGACGGGAGAAACAAGCACAGAGGAGCCUGAUAAAGCAGACCUAGUAAGUAAGUUGCCAGUGUCGGUGGACCUGUCAGACCUAACAGUCCUGGAGGAAAUCACAGAUGAUUUUUCACACGAAAGAAUAGUUGGGAAGGAUGGCACGUUCAGAGGUUCUCAUAAGGCAUUUGUUUAUAAGGGCGACGUUCCACGGCGAGAAAUGGUAGCUGUGAAGAGGUUAAUUGGAGUAGCAAUUCCAGUUGAAAAGUUUAAGAGGGAGGCAGAGCAGUUCAUGAGUUUGGAUCACAAAAAUAUAGUAAAGGUGGCCGGCUACUGCCACGACCAAUCUAGAGGACAUAAGCUGGUACGGUUCAGAGGAGAUGCACCACCACAAGCCAUUAAAGGUCCUGAACAAUUACUCUCCUAUGAAUAUAUGCACAACGGAAGUCUUCGCAACUAUCUUAUUGGUCAAGGAUCUCGUGAAAUUGAUUGGCAAAAGCGCUAUAAAUUGAUCAAAGGGAUUUGCGCAGGCUUACAUUACCUCCACAAGGGUCGUGCAAAUUGUCCAAUUGUUCAUUUGAAUUUAAGCCCGUCAAAUGUAUUGUUGGACGAGAACUACAUACCACGCAUCACAGGGUUCGAUUUUUCCAAGCUCAUUGGUGAAAAGAACACCAAAUCCGUGGUACUUAAGCUGAAUGGACCCAUAGCUUACCUGCCACCGGAUUUCCUGCACUCCAAGGGUCCUGACCUCAAAUAUCUAGCUACGGUAGACAUAUACAGCUUGGGUCUUAUCAUUCUAGAUAUCGUAACGCAGCAAGAGAUCAAAGGCAACCAUGGAGUGCUUAUUAAGAGCAUAGAGGAAAACUGGAGGGAAGAGUCACAAAUAACACGGUUGUAUACCUCACUAGAAGCUGACGAGCUGCGGCAAGUAAAAAUGUGCAUUGAUAUUGGCCUACACUGCGUCCAGUCCAAGCCUGAAAAGAGACCUACAGCUGGGGCCGUCAUGCUCUGGCUUGACAAAGGGAGCAAACCGGUCCCAGUUCCAAGAGCAGGUGGAGGAGUGCCAAUACCUCCAGUCCCUACUAAUAUCACCCAUGCAGGUCGCAUCCAAGAAAAGGAGAAGGCGGGAUUCCUGAAACGACACUUCGGAUGGAAGAAGUAACCAACUGAGGUGGCCUGUAUUCCUGUGAAUAUUAUAGAUGGUUCGACAAAGCUCGUGGUUAACCGAAGGAGGAUAUUUGAGAGCUUUUGUGUUGGAACAUGGUCAUCUUAUGCGUCCGCAGCCGCCAAGGUCAUCAGGGAGUGCUCGCUGCAUGCACCGGAUCACGCUCUGUCAGCCAAGUGAGUCGUGCGCACAUAGUGCCACACAUGUAACGUUUAGUUGUGUAGUCUGAACUGCUAUGUGUCGUGUAACCUACCUCAUGUCUGUGUAUGAUAAAGAAAGAACCACAUCAGUGGAAGAGUUACACCAAUAUUAUGGAAGUGGCCGUAGUUGGAGGUGGAGGUUUAACCUCCUUUUUGAA